CCGGGUAUGCCACUCGUCUGCUGCUGCAGCCGCAUGUAAACAUUACCCGGAUACUGCUGUUUACAAACAUCUCGUGUGUUGCUGUUUGUGAGUUAGCAUCGCUAAUUCCGGGUGGAUAAAGAGGAGGAGGAUGGAGAUUGAAAAUGCUCAGCCAUAUUUCUUUGGAGACAUCGGCUGCUGGUCAGAGAGAACAGAGGUGCACAAGGCGGCGUCUCUCGGCCAGGCCUCCCAGCUACAGCACCUCAUUCAGAGCGGAGCUUCAGUCAAUGUCGUGGCAGUGGACUCCAUCACACCACUGCACGAGGCCUGCCUCCGCGGACAGGCCCAGUGUGUCCAGCUGCUGCUGGAAGCUGGGGCUCAGGUGGAUGCGAGGAACGUAGACGGCAGCACCCCGCUGUGUGAUGCCUGCUCCGCUGGUAGUUUGGAGUGUGUGAAGCUCUUGCUGGAGCACGGCGCCAAGGCCAACCCCGCCCUCACCUCUCGCACAGCCUCCCCUCUCCAUGAGGCCUGUAUGGGUGGUAACGCAGACUGUGUGAAGCUCAUGAUUACCAUGGGCGCUUGUCUGGAGGCGUACGACCUUUACUACGGGACCCCGCUGCUCGUGGCUUGUGUUAACGGACACAUAGACUGUGUCAAAGUGCUGCUCAAUGCAGGUGCUAAAGUGAACGCUACCAGGCUACAUGAAACGCCGCUGCACCACGCGGCUAAGAACAUGCGGCUGGAGAUGAUUGAGACGCUGGUGGAGUUCGGGGCCAACAUCUACGCCAGAGAUCAUCACAACAAGAGACCUGUGGACUACACCACGCCGGGCUCUCCCUCUGCAGUCUGCCUACAGUUGUAUGAGACCUCUCCCAUGAGUCUGCAGCAGCUCAGCAGGUUGGCCGUGAGGAAGAAGCUAGGCACCAGAGCUCUGAAGGUCAUAGGUCAACUGGACAUACCCAAACUCAUCAUCAGCUACCUCUGCUAUCAGUGAGAGCUCACCUGGGAGGAGGAGCUGCGUCGAUGCUCAAAGAGAGAGAGUGGAAAUUCACACCUCUCUCUGAUUUAACAGUAGAUGUAAAGGUUAGUGACGAGCACAGCUCUCUCACGUUUUCACGACUCUACUUUCAUUUCAAGACUUGAAAGCAAAAUGUAAAUGUAUUUAAUGUGUUUACACGCACACUAACAAAAUGAUUUUAUGUAUGUUAAAGAAUCGCUAUCAUGCAAACACUUAGAUUUUAAACGACCUGAACAGGAACUCUUGUCAGUCUGUGGAAUAUACAGUAUGACUAUAGAAUAUCACUUCAGCAAUAGAUAGAUGAAUAGAUAGAUAGAUACUUUAUUUAUCCCCUAGGGGAAAUUCAUGAUCAAUGCAGUGGUUCCUACACUGGCUUAUAGAGGCAGAGGCAACAUUUAGAUUAAACGUCCCCUGUGACGUUUUCUUGUAAAUAAACAAACAAGCUACUUCUACAUUAUUCACCUGAGCUCGAACAAAGCCACAUUGCAUGCUAACAUCCAUUUUCACUAGCUAGCAGUCCUCCUGUUCCCUGCUCUGCCUGCGACAGGUCAAAAACUGCGAUGCAGGUAAUAGCCAUCAGAAUCAAUCUUUUUAAAAAUCUCGCAGCUGAUGACAUGAUAGCUCACAGUUUUCUGGGUAUCGUAGUAAUGCUGCCAGCGUUGUGUAGUUGAAGUAGAAAUAGUGAAAAAAAUAAAUAAAUAAAACUUACGAAGCUCUCAACACAAUCUGAGAAAUUCAAGUAUGAGCUGACCUGGAGCAUUAAAGUCAGUAUAAGAUAAUCAGCUUUAGAAGUACGGGGGUGCCACAACAAAACAAUUCAUAUGAACAGAUACUGCUUUAAGAAGUUUUUUGGAACCACUGCAGUGAUGGGCUGAGCAGAACGAUUUGGGGAAUUGGGGAACAACCCUUGUGCCACAGCAGAAGACCAUUAUUGCAGCAUGGGGACGCCCAAAGAAACCAGCAUGUCAGAGUUUUCCUCUCCUUGCACAAAUCACGGCAGGCGAUCAAUGACUUUAGACACAUAAUCUGACGCAGCGGCCAUCUUGAGAGGCAGAUAAUGUAGGCUGCUGCAGAUGUUAGCAGGAGUUUGUUCUCGGCUGUGAUUGUGAUUUUUUUUUUUUUUGUUCACGCACAAAAAUCAACUGAAUGCAAAGUGGUUACAACUUGAACUUACAUUCUCACUGUCUUAUUAUAAAUAGCACAAAUACACUGUUUCUUGUCUGCAGCCACACCGGACUGUAAAACAGUUCAUGUUGAUAUUGGCACAUUCACUUAACAACAAAUAAACAAACUAUUACCUAAUCUGUUUAUUGAUAGUUGGAUAUGGACACAUGUAAUCUUAACUAUAAAUCGCAGCUAUACAAGUCUUAAAUAUCAUUUAAUAAGGUUUGUCAUUUAUACAAAACAGAUUACAUACUAUAAUUAUUUACCUAGAGAUGAAAGUGACUGAGCACAGGGAGAGGGAGAGGAGAAAUGGCAUUGUUUUUGGCAACAGAAAAGAUGAAGAUUAGACACCAUUGUGAUGUCAUCAUUCAAAGGGGGGUAGUCACAGGAAAAUCCCCUGAUGGAGUCCAGACCAAUGACUGUAUAAAAGAUGGAUGGCGCGUCUCCACUUCCUCCCAUUGUGCAAAAAUGAAACCAAAAUAUCUACGAGUGCUGCCAUCAAGUCUCUGCAGUAAUGAUAAGGGGGUGGAGCUGCAGUAUCAAAGCCCCACCCAUACACCUACUCCACCCAAUUGCAAAUCAAUCACAGCUGUCUAUCAUGACGUUACAUUCUGUUUUAUGGUAUCAAAUAACUAAUUAAAACCAAACGUAUGAGAAAAAUGAACAUUUGAACAUACAUCUGCUAACAUGGAGGGGGCGGGGUUUAUGGCCUAUACUGCAGCCAGCCACCAGGGGACGAUGGAGAUGUUUUGGCUUCACUUUUAGGGAGCUGCCAUGUUACCCAUCUUUAUGUACAGUCAUUGGUCUAGACAGUGGUGGUGAGGGGUUGAGCAGCAGCUGAGGAUGUCCAUGGAUGUGAUGUGCAGCAGGACUUCUGCAGAGGUCAGAGGUCGGGCCCAUGGACACUGGUUCCGAUGAAAACUGGAGGUGAAUGCGGAGGAGGAGGAUCAUCAGGCUUGCAUUGAAAUGAGAGAUGACAAAUGUGAUUGGUUGAAGUGAAAACCAACCCUCAGUCAGCUGAGCUGGAAGUAGGGGGGGGGGGGGGGGGGGUGUUCCUGGAUUUUCUAGGAAAAAGCCAGCAUGCCUCUGAACUCGCAGGUGGACCAUAAAUACAGAGACUAACUGUGCUCGCUGAGCAUUCCUUGGAUACCUGAAAGUAAAAUGUCUUUAGGAAUACCAAGCAGCUCUCGGGGUGAAGUUCUCCAGAUGCUGCUUCGCUUCAUCUCAGAUUCCUGUUAUUCAAACCCCCAAGCCUGGCGACUGCCAGUGUUUGAUACAGACACUGAAGUAUCCUGGCUGCCUAUUUAUAGCCUUGUGUCUGUUGCUGCAUUAAAUCUGCUCAUAGAUACAGAGAGCUUAGUCGGGUCUUGGUAUUUGUAGAGGGAGGUGCAGGAAGUCGUUCGUGAAUUCCACAAAGCGCUUUAGAUUGAUUUACUGGCUCUGUUCAAAGUCAACGUGACCUCUUUCAGAAGCUUCAUCUUUAAUUUAUCCAUGGAGGUUGAAUCAGGCCAAACACACACUUGAAGAUAAGUUGAGGAUACAGGGUUUGUCUGUGGGUAAAUGCUCAUGAUCUCUGUCUCUGUUUCUCCUCAAACACAUUUACAACAGUAAAUCAACCUUUGUUGUUUUCUUUUCUCUUAAACAAUAAUUCAUGCUCCCUCUCUUACAGUGAACUGAAAUUUCAGGACGCUCUGUCUGCUCUCGUGUUGAAGCUGCAUUUGAUGCUGCACAAAUAAAGUUUCACCCACAGGAAAUAAAAACUUCAAAACAAUAACAGAGUUUUUGCUGAGACAUCUCAAACCAAGGAAAACCACAGCAUAGUGCUGUUUAUCCAACUUCCUUAUUUGAGUCUCACUAUGAGAUUGAAUUGAAACAUUAGGAAAGGUACACAGCACCUUUAUUUAAAUCAGUGUUUUUCAGAUUUUUGUUUAACUAAAAAUAUGUUUUUUUUCAUCACUGAUAGAAAACUACAAGACACAAACAAGAAAGCUGGAGUUGCUACGUGCUCAUGUGUUUCCACAAAUUGUUUUUAAGUCGCGGCGUUCUUUUAAGAAUAAGUCAUACUCAAUAGGAAGUCGCUGACUCUGAUGAUUGGCUUUUGGCUGUGUUUUGAUGUUGCAAGGGAAUCAAGAGGAAAUCUGCUACAUAAAGACUACUGCAGGCUACUUCCUGCAGAUCCAUCGACCACUGCGAGUGGAAGAAAAUCUUUAAGUGUGAAAUCGGCAAAUAUGGAAGAAAUCAAUAUCGAUACUUGGCAAUGACAUGACAGGAAGUGAGGGGUGAGAGCUCAUGGUCAGAGUCUUACACCUCAGGCCACGGGGGUGCCACUUGGAAACUGAUUUUCAUAUUGCGAAUAUAUACAUACAGCAAAUCUUACAGUGUGUUUUCACUUUGUAGAAAUACAAAGUGAGUGUCGUGGUAAAUGGGGUGAAACAUGCAAAAACACUGAUAUAGUCCUUUUAAAACAGCAGAAUAGAGGUGAACAAGCGCUAUAAAAAGCCGAACCCUCUGCUGAACUCGGUCUUUUUCCUCUCUUUUCCCUUUCUUGAUCUAUAACAUUAAACACAGUCCACGUGCCGUUUACUGACGUCAACCUUCAGGAUUUUCUAGGUGUCUAAGUUCACAAUUUUCAAAACCUCUUGCCUCUGUGUGGAGCUGCCAGCGGGCAGUUACCUCGCACGGCUUUAAAGAGCAAGAGGCCGUCUGUCAGCUCUCCUAGACGUCUGCACCUCCGUGUUUAUUGUUUAAUGACAGAUCUUUACAACGCAUUCAAAACUAAUACUUCAAGCUUGUGGAGCUGCAUCCAAAUCUCUCAGUUCACUCUCCUGAUUUGGCGCUCUCCCUAAACGUGCCCGAGCUGCACGAUGCUGGCCUUAAUAUGAAGCUUGUCUUGUGGGCCAAAUUGUGGGAGUUCAUUUAAUCAGAAUAUAAAUUCCUAUAAAAUAAUCUUCCAUCCUUAGAAGGUUUUUGGACUAGUUUCCUUUCCUUAAAAAAAAGGCAUUAUAGUCUUAGCCUGUAAAUAAUCCCGAAGCACAGAUCUCUCCUUCUUCAUAUGGAGCAUUCCUUUUUAGAGCAUUAUAAAAUAUUUGACCCCGAUACAGAUGGAGCUUGUACUCAGGGCUUAAAAUAACCACUACAAAACACUUGAAGUCUACAGAAGGGUCUGGAAAGAGCAGAGAGGAGGGCAGGUAUGCAGCGUAUGUCCAGUUAUCUAAGAUGAAAAACAAAAACUCCAAAAUAGGAAUGUUGGACUUCAGGUUGAGCAACAGAGCGGUUGGCUUGUUGGGAAACUUUCCUCCCGGUUCGUCAUAUUAAACGGUGCCGGCUCAGUUUAAGUAUUCUUAUUAAAGUGAAUGAAGUCAGGUUUAAUCCGCUCUGAUGUUCAGGACACACUGAUUUAUCUGUUUAAGGUGCUACAAAAAGCUGUCGAAUCAUCCCACGAAAUGUGUCAUAAAUAUUUGUCUUAUUGAACUGUACAAAAAUGUUGAUUUAUUGAAUAAAUUGUUCCAUUGA